AUGGAGAAUACACUUAGAGGUACUUGUAGUUCAUUCUUGUGUUUAUUUCGUACUACUCAUUUAUAUAUUGUUCUAGAGCCAGAACCAGAACCGGAACCAUUAGAAAACGUGCUACUAACGGUAGCAAACGAUCCAAUUAUUGGAAUUUUCAAUACUGUAGCGGGUGGUAAUACUAAUCUGGCUUCCCUAGAUGGAAACGAUGCUGGUAGUUACUAUCCAAAAGAAAGUCCAGCACAUGCAAUUGAUAAUAGUGUCUGGACUAAAUAUAAUAAUCAAGGCAAUGGACCACAAUCAGUUUCAUCUGCAACAAAAGGGGUUGGUACUGGAUUUAUAGUGACACCAAGAUACGGAUUAUCAAUCGUCACUGGUUUCCAGUUUGCAACAGGCAAUGACCGUCCUCAACGGGAUCCCUUGACAAUUACUUUGGAAUGUACCAAUGUAACUCAAGACGAUCGUUUAAUUGGAAAAAACUGGAAAUUGAUUUAUACGGGAGAAACAGGGUUAAAAUCUGAUCCUGGACGGUCGACAUUUGGACGACGGCAAACAUUCAAUAACACCAUAGCUGCGAAAAGUUAUCGAUUAAUAGUAACAUCGCAAAGACUUCCUGAGCACAGUAUUCAGUAUAGCGAAGCACAUCUCUAUGGAAAUGUCAUAAUAACUGAUAUAGUUCGUGAGUAUAUAGUAAUGAAUGUUCAAUAUGAUAUAGCUAAUGCAGUCAUAUUUAAUUCACAAAAGCCGACAUCAGUUUUAGAAAUUGAUGCUACGAAUUAUAUGAGUACUGAACAAAAAAUGACCAAGUCAAGAACCAUUGCAACAACAAUAACAAAUACAUGGAGUUUUAGGCAAGCACUUACAAUGGGCGUUAAAAUAUCCGUAACUGCUGGUAUACCUAACGUUGCGGAGAUGACAAGUGUUGAGACCAGUUUUGAACAUACAUUUGAAAUAGAAAAUGGUCAAUCAAUAAGUAAUGAAGAAACAUUUACAUCUGAAUUGGAACUGACUGCACCACCUCGUUCAAGAGUACAUGCCACUUUAGGUUUAUUAGAUGGACAAGCUGAUAUCAAAUUUACAUCGACAUUAAUUACCAUAUAUGAAGACGGUAGAAAAUUGGUAGAACAAGGUGCCCAAGGAGUCUUCAGAAGUGUGUCUGCUCAUAAGAUGAUAGCAACAUACUAUGAACCCAUACCAAUUGAUAUUGUUAGCAGUAUUGGAUAG